AUGGCGGAUUUUAACGAUGAUGACAACUACGUAACAUAUGAAGGUUUUACAGCGAUUGAUUCCGAUGAUCCACAGGAAGAUGCUGAUCCAAACGAAGUUCGCGUUGAAGAUCCCGAAGAAAAUGUCAUUUUUUCUGCUGUGUUAAAUCGUGAAAUCGAACAGCCACAGCAGAUUGCAAGUGAACCAGAAGAAACUCUUCAAUUUCAAGAUGACAUUGACGAAGCAUUGAGUGACAGUGGAAUCGACGAUGAAACUGGUUCUCUAGGAUCAAACGAACCGAACAAUCCACCUGAGAUCAGCAUUCCAAAUGUUCCAAUUGGUCGUGGUCGGCAAGGAAAAACAGCUACCGAUGAAAAUGAUAGACCAUUGCCGCCACCUAAGAUUCGUGAUGUUUCUGAAGAUGGUUUUUAUUCAAAACCUGGAAGAAAAAUACAUUUACCAGUCAUAUUCAGUUUUGUUAUUCUCAUAUUGUUUGGAGUGUUCGAGCUAGAACCAGAGACUAAGAACAUCUUUUUCUCGCUUCUUAUUAUCAGAAAAGAUCGGGCCAAUUCCCAAUGGUAUGUAUGUGUAAAUAUUCAUCGAAUUGAACAUCGUGAAACAGCGUUAAUUGAUUUUCAAGUUGAAUUCAAACAGAUAUCAUUCAUCGUCGACAAGGUUGGAUUAGGAGAUCAAGGUUAUUCUCACGCCUGUGCACGAUUUAAAGAUCUCUUACCUGACAGUAACAAGUUCGAUUUACCCAAAGAACCGAAUUAUGAUAUUUGGAGUUUUGGUUUACACAACUUUCACGUUAACUUACCACAAUCUAUUCCGAUGAAUAUUCACAAACUCAUACCCGAAAAGUUCGAUAAUGAAUCCCAUCAUCCAUAUUGGUUUACGUUUAAGCCGGUGCCAACGUUUUCAAAUUGGAAUUUACCCAAAUUAAAAGUCAGAUAUCCUGAAAAACAAAACUUUCCGGACUACUUGAUCGAUCGUUCGAUCUAUGCUGAUUUAGCCUACGGUGCAUUGACAUCAAUCAGACGGUUUGCUUUUGAUCCAGAUUUUAUCUUUCGCAAAAAGACUAGAUGGUCAUUCAACUUCUUCGACGAACGCUUCGAAAUUUUUGCUAAUCAAUCCGAAAGGUUGUCUGAUGACUCUGGAUGGGAUAUUACUCAGGUAAAAUAUAGGUUUCCUCUGGACAUUAUUGAUCGCGUAGCUGUUAUUCAACUAUGGAAUGAUGGAUUCACCUUGUUUCUAAAUAUGAAAGGAAAUGUUCACUUUUUAAAGCGUAACAAAAGUUCUUCAUCAAGCGACUUCUUUGUACGACAAGGAAAUCGAGAUGAUAAACCAAUACCACUCUUCUCUACUAUUCGACUCCGUAUAAGAUUGAAAGAGGAAGGCCGCCUAGCAGAAUAUUUCGAAAAGGAUCAGCAAAACGGAAAGACGCCAGCGAAUAAUAUAGAUGAUUACUUAAAAAACAUCAUCGACGAAGGAAUUCUCCAAAUAAAAUAUUUAUUUACAAAGUUCCUCGAAUUCUUUGACAAAAACCAUAUUCACGUCAGUUUUGGCUCGAUUACAUCAAAAGCGAUGAAUUUAAAUCAGGUAUUAUCGAUCCGUUAUCACGUAUUUCCAACAUUUAUCAAAUCUUAUUCUUGGACCAUGUUACAUAAUAUUGGCUUUCGUGUCCUAGUUCAACUGUACACUUGCAAAGAAUUUGUGCGACAACUGAAAGAUUACUCUACCUUACGCUAUGACAAGGAGACAGAUUGGGAAGCGGAUGAUCGUUUCUAUCGUUUGUGUUUGUAUCUACAUCGACGAACAUCAGAAUACUUCUUUCUCGAUCUCGACGAGGAAAUUAAGAACGGUAUAAAUCGAUACAAAGCACAAUACGACCAAGCACGAGCAAAGGGUUACUGGAUGCAUCGAUUUAAUGAAAAUGAUCAAUCAACGGCCUACAUUCCAUCUGUUGUCUUAACUCCGACGACUAUCAAAAUUCGUCCAUUAAAGUUAUGCAAACUAAAUCGCAUCUUACGUGAGAAAAGAUUCGGAAGGGUUACCCAUUUCUGUCUAGUCGAGUUGCGUGAUGAAGCACAACGUAUGCUGUUCCCAAAUGAAUUUCGAGCGUUGAGAGAUCAGAUUUUAAAUUACCUAACAAACGGCUUUGAGCUAACACCUAAGCUAAUGUAUACUUAUCUCCAUCAUUCGCAAAGUCAGGUAAAGGCAAAGCAAUUCUGGUUCUAUCAUCACGAUGAGACAAAUCUUUCGCACAAUGAUGCUUACAUUUGGAUGGGAAACUUUGACAAAGAACGUGUAGUAUCGAAACAUACAGCACGUAUCGCAUUGUGUUUCACAAGUUCAGAUGAAACGAUUCGGAUACCGGCAGAAACAGUCAAAUAUGAGCGCGAUAUCAAAGAUUCAACGGGAGAUUACACAUUUUCUGAUGGUGUUGGCCAAAUAUCAGCUGCACUUCGAGAUAAAAUCAAACAUUUCAUAGAUCCAUUAGAUCGGCGUCGUUCUUUUAGUGUUCUACAAAUUCGAUAUGGUGGUUGUAAGGGCACGGUUUCGGUUGUUCCUCAACUUGACGAUAAAAAAUAUCAACUAAUCAUGCGGGAUUCUAUGAACAAAUUCAUUUCAGACCACGACAAACUUGAAGUAUGCAAACUAUCUGCACCACGUACGUUAUAUCUCAAUCGACAAGAUAUCAUCUUACUUGAAAGCCGUGAUGUGCCUCAUACGAACUUCUUGGCCUUUCAGAACGAAUAUCAUUUUAAGUUAAUUAAAGCUUUACUAAACCCAAAUGAUUCGCACGAAUUACUGAGCAACAAACUUUUGCCGGUGUUCAAAUUGGACAAAAUAAUACGAAACUUUAACGUGGUGGAAGAGCAAUUUUUUAUCAAAUUACUCGUUACCUGUAUAUAUAAUGUCAUACGUGAAUUGUUAGACCGCACAAGAGUAUACGUAUCGUCUGACAAAGCUAGAAAUAUGUUUGGUAUUGUGGAUGAAUAUGCUGUUUUGGAAGAAGGUGAGGUUUUCGUUCAAUAUACCAGAUUACAUGAGCAUACGCUAGAACGCACGGAAAGAACGGGAGACGAACGCGUAAUACUCGAAGGAAAUGUCGUGAUCACCAAAAAUCCGUGCCAUCAUCCGGGUGAUUUGAGAGUAUUUAAAGCUGUCAAUCGAAAAGAGUUGCACCAUCUAGUUGAUUGCGUCGUCUUUCCACAGAAAGGUCGUCGACCACAUCCGAACGAAAUCUCUGGCUCUGACUUAGAUGGUGAUGAAUAUGUUGUCAUAUGGCAUGAAUAUUUGAUACCAACUACAGAAAAUGAAGAAGCGUAUAAUUAUGAUGGACAGGACGAACCAAAAAAAAUGGAGCGACCUAUCGAACGCAAAGAUAUCAUUGAUGUUGUCAUGGAGAUUAGUGAACAAGACUGUUUAGGAAGUUUAUCAAACAUUCAUUUAGCUUAUGCUGAUAGAGAAGGUGUCAAGUCUGACUUCUGUAAGAAACUAGCUGGAUGGAUUUCCGAAGAAGUCGAUGCAGCUAAAACAGGCCAUCAUCCUGUAUCGUCCGAGGACCUAUACCGAUACAAAGAAGACUUAGGUAACGAAUGGCCUGAUUUUAUGAAAACGCGUGGUUCCAGGAAAUAUUAUCGGUCAAAACGUAUUCUCGGAAAGUUGUAUCGUUCAGCGGAACGUGCUGCUCAUGGUUGGAGUCGAGCAAUUCGUCAGCAUGGCAAUCCACGGUAUCAAACUUUAGUAACAGAACUGGAUUCUACUUCUACAAAUCCAAAUGAAGAGAUAAGAGAUGCAGAAAUUCGAUCGAAUUCUUUCCAACCAUUGGAUAAAUACAUAUAUCACAAAAACUAUGAAAAGUAUUUAGAACCAAUCAAACGUUUAUAUGGCGACUACAGAUAUGAACUACUUGAAAUUAUUAGUUUAUAUCGUUUUCAGGAUGAAAUCGAUCUUCUGUGUCGAUGUGAGUCCAUGGAUGCAUCUGCCGGUGGGAAAAAAGGUGGUUUGGAAGAUUCAGCUGCAAUGGAAGUGAAAAAUUUAGUUCAAAGGAUUAGACAGGAAUUUUACGCUGAAUUCGAUGAACGACGCAAGAAAAAAAGAUGCUGCGAAGAACAUUCUGUUGGUAAACGACUCAAGAUCCACAAUUGUGAACGUUGUAGUGAAGACAAAAAAGCUAAAGCUGCGUGUGCUUAUAUAUAUAGCUAUGAAAGAAGUCGACGCUUACCACCAAAAUCUAAUCGACGUGUCCUAAGUUUUCCUUGGCUUUUCUCGGAAUAUUUGAUUCGCUUGAAAUGGGAAAAUCGUCCAAAGGAUGUUGAUGAUCGUCCAAAUUUCAUCAUUGCCAACGCACUGGCACUAUACACGGAAAAACUUGUACCAGAAUUCAAAGUCUUCGUUCCAAAUGAUUUGACCGAUACCGAUUCCGUUAUUUUUCAUUAUGGAAAAAAACAAGUAGCACCACGAACAUUCUCUACAAUACUUGCAGCUUCCAACGAAACUAAACAUGAAGUUUCACUAUUGAAUGUAUGUUGUAUUGAAAUUUUAAAUGACUGGCUAAUCAAGCAAAAGAUCUUCGGAGAUGAAUGCAUAGAAACAGAGUCCAAACCUCUCGUACCGUCAUCGAUCUGGCAAGAACUAAUCGUGUAUUUCAUUACUGAGAAAUAUCAAGAAAAUGUUUUUCCAUCACUAUUAUCCACUGGACAAAACUAUAUCAGCGAACGAUACACUACCAGGAUCCGAGAGUACAGUAAGCGAUGGGCGAAAGAUAUUUUCUAUCAAACAGAAUUACACGGAAUGUUUUGUAAAAUCCACGACUAUGCUAUAGAACGUGCUCGAGCUACUCAAUUAAUGGUAUGGGCAUAUCUUGAUGAUUAUAUUUUAUCAGCGUUGCAAUGCAUUGGAAUCGAGAAAUGUCUAUCCGAUGGCUGGAUCAAGUAA